AGGGAUUAAUCGUUAUCGCUCUUAUUGAAUGCAUUACGUAAUCACAAGCUUCUAUACAUGCGCACACAGGCCUGUAUAUAUCGUAUAUAGGGAGAGCGAGAAAGAAGUGGGGAGAAAGAGGGGAAAGCGUAUAUGUAUAGUCAUAAUACACGCACACGAGCCGAAGGAAGAUUCGAGAAAGGGGACAGCAGAGACGAGAGAGACUGAGAGAGACAGAGAAAUCGCACUCUUGGUCAGAGCGACAUCAGACACCGGCAGAGGUUUUUUAGGUUACGCGCAGCGCGUGCACGAGGUUUUCGUUCCUCCGUAAUUCUCUUGCCUUUGCGAUCCUUCACACACGAGUCUACAGUCAUGGCUGCUGCAGCUGCUGUUAAGAGGCUAAUUCCUCUGUUCGACAGAGUACUCAUUCAGAGAGCAGAAGCUCUUACCAAAACCAAGGGUGGUAUUGUUAUCCCCGAGAAAGCACAAGGCAAAGUUCUCAGAGGAACUGUCGUGGCGAUUGGACCUGGAUCAAGGAACGACAAAGGAGAACACAUUCCACCAAGCAUCAAGGUUGGAGAUGUUGUUUUGCUGCCCGAGUAUGGCGGAACUAAAGUAGAGCUUGAAGAGAACAAAGAAUUCCACUUGUUCCGUGAAUCUGAUAUUCUAGCCAAGUUGGAGGCAUAAGGAACUUUAGUUUACAAUAGGUUAAUUUUCGUGAUUAAUGUCAUGAAGCAAAUGUUAUAUCGAUGACAGAAAUCUUGGAGUCACAUGUCAGCGCAUUAAUGGACUUGAUAGCCCAUGUUGUCUUACAGACACUUGUUACUUGAAUUACGUUUUUUUAAAGUCUGCUAGUAUUUAGGCGUCAUUGUUUCAUACUUAUUCCACUCAAUAAAAAAUUUAUUCAUUGUA